UUUACAAUCUUUUUUUUUUUUGUAAAUAUCUGAAUUUCAAAUAUCUUCAUUGCCUUAAAUUUUCCUUGAUUCAAAUCGUAAGCAAUUAUGAAAUUUCUUCGAAUCUUUCUACCUAGAAUCUUGUUAUUAAGUAUUAUCGCUUGUUAUCGAUCGAUGUCUAUCAUCUCUUAAAACAUAUGAAAGUUCAAAGUUCAUCCUGAGAAUGUGAUUACACUAAUGAUAUCUAUUCAUUGCUUGAGCUUCUAAUUAAAUGAAAAUCAUGAAAAUAACUUGUGAUACUCACUCUUUUCUCCAUGUGUUAUUCCACACAGUGAAAGUAUUUGUAAUUGUAGAGUUAGAAUAACGCUCCAUGCCAUCUAUUCUUUCGCUUUUGAUGACGCAUGAUUUUCUCAACACUAAUGUAUAUAUUGUUGAGCAAAUAUAAAUAACAAUCAAUUAGGAUUACUUAUCUAUUCGCAGUUUGUAUUAUUGCUUAUUAAAUAUUAUUAUUAAUAUUGUUAUUGAAUUGUGUGAAUAGAAAAAGCAACUGUGAUGAACAUUUUGAUUAAAUAUUGAAUUUUUAACUGAUCAAAAAAAAUUAAUUUCUGGUGAUGAAAUAUGUACUGCUUAUCUAUUUUGAGAAAAUAUAUAAUAAAAACGUAUCCCGUGAUUCACGUUGCAAUGGAUUAUCGCUGCUACUGUUUGUUGAAAUUCUUAUUAUAGCCAGCCAUAUGUUCUUUUGCGAAUAGAAAUGCUUGAAAAAAAUCUUGACUAUAUUAUUUUAUUCGUAUAUUGUAAUCUGCCACUGUUAUUAUAUUUGGGAUUCAUUAUGUGCUCAAUUGUGCCGCUUGUGAAAUUAAUUACGAUUGCAGAUUCUCGGAACUUGAAGCUCGUUAGAAGAAUAAACGGAAAAUCAGAUUUAUCUCUAUGUCCUAGAAAUCUCAUGCUGAUGAAGUUUUUGUUUGAUCUCAAGAUAAAAGUAUUUGCACCCACGGAUGUUCCGUUGGCAUUAGAAUGUGCAAAUAAAAGCGCAGGAGAGAAGUUACUAUGGUAUAAAGAAAGAGUUUUGAUCCAUACAGCAUUAGCUGGUAACGAGGACUUAAUAAAACUAGAUAAUGAAACAGGCGUUUUGGAACUUCUGAAAACCUCAGAUGUGUUGUACGGAAAUUAUACUUGCAAAGGAACCAAUUCUUCUACAGAAUACAGGAUCGUACCAAGACCCACGGCAUACAUGCCUGAUUCAACAAGCGUAGUAGAAGGAGAAAAACUGCAUUUAACUUGUGCUGGUAAGCAAAAUCCUGGUAUCAAAGUAUCAUGGAAGUUUGGGGACCAGAAUUACACGCGUAGCAUGGGCCGCGUUAAACUUGGAUGGGACCAUGAAAGAAAUAUAUAUGGCGCUAUCUUAAUGGUUGACAACAUCGAGAUGAACGAUCGUGGCAAUGUUUACUGCAGGGUAUCUUAUAAUUGGUCUGAUACUGCAGAAAAUCACAUGGCAGAGGCGCAUACAUUCCUCAGGGUCAAAGACAAGCUCGCCGCACUCUGGCCCUUUUUAGGCAUUUGCGCGGAGGUUGUUAUUUUGUGCGCCAUUAUUUUAGUUUAUGAAAAAAAGCGAAACAAGGCUGAACUCGAGGAGUCCGAUACCGAUCAAAGCCCCGACACGUAUGUAUAUUUCUUCAUUCCUAAUUUUCAUAUAAAAAUUAUUUUCAGGUUUAAAUUUAUAAACUAUCUGAAAUUUAAACUCUAUAGAGGACCGAGUAGAAGAGAUGAUAGAUUGGAGUAUUAUAUUCCAUUGCACGGGCCUCUCCCACCCUCUGAACUUCCUGUCGAUCCCCCUGUUACACCAUCAAAACCAGAAUUCCCAGGUCACAGGGCCAUCCAACAAUUGCUCUUUUCCAAAGAAUCACGCCGUUCAUCUGCACCUGCGCGGUUGAGUCUGUCCCGCUAUUGCUUUAAAUCUUUCCCUCUGAAGUCGUGCCGUCGCUUUCAGCUAUAUUGGCGCUUAUCCAAAAGAGAAUACUGUGAAAGUAAAGAAAUACGAACUUAAAGUUUUAUUUUUGAAGAAUAAAAAGUAUACGAUUCGAUUGCCAUUUCAAAUUAUAUGCAAAUCAUUUCAUAAAUAGGUGGUUAAAUAUUUAGGUUAGGUUUAGAAUCGCGGAAUUGCUUUUAUAAAUAAUACUUUCAAUAUAAAUAAUCUAAUUAUACAUUUCUUUGUAGAUCAUUAUUAUUACAAUUAAUUUGAUAAUUCGGAUAAUAUUCAAUGAUAUAGAUCUCUGAAGACACAUGACAAAAAAAUUUUUAUUACUUUAGUUUAUUAGAUAUAUAAUAUUAUGUAUCAAAUGUUCAUCAUAUAUAAUUGUAUCAUAUUACAAAAAUUAAGAUGAAGUUAUGAAUUUUUCGAAUUUUUUUUAUCAUGCCACCUAUAUUUGAAACAUCUUGUAUAUAUAAUAACACCAUUUAUUGAUUACUACACUGUGUCUGACUGUGCGUGACUCAUUCUCGUAACCAGUCACCUUCGAACAGUAUUGAUCUUAUUUAAUAAUUGUUUUUAUUUCAUUCCGCAGCAAGCCAACACCAAACAAAGACUCCGACGUUAGACAAAGAAAGUGAAGAAGUGGAUAAUAAGCAGCGAAUGAAUGAGAGCGAUGCAGGAUAGCUGAAUCAAUGUGGGGAAAUAAUCGUGUGGCAUCUGCCGAAGUGACAAUAUAGAUAACUGUUACAAGAAAGAGAAAUAGCGAAAUAGAACAAAAACAAUAAAGAAACAAACAAUUCCGAAACGAGAGAAAGACAUCGAAGCGGAAACAUGAAUAUAACAGUAAGAAAAAGUAGUAGGAAAAGAAACGAUAUGUUCUAAGUGAAUAGGCUAAGCUCAGGAAGUGAGAUCCCCGGCCCUCGUCAUUCGAGUGCAUACCUGAAUGGAAACAAAAAGGCUUGUCUAUGCACAGAAAAUGUUAGCGUGCGCGGAAUUAUAAUUUACUAACAGAUUUAAAUUAAGCCUUACUAUCGUGUUCACUCCAUUUAUCAAAUGUUCGUCUGUCCGUACUCUCUUACUACACUGCUUUGAUCGAUGAAGAAGCUAAAAAAAAAAAAGAUAAAAAAAAGAUAAAAAAAAAGUCAGAGAAAGAAAAAACAAAUGUGCUAUUGAUCUUACGCGUUGUAUGUAUCUAUAAAAAAAAAUGAGUGUGCACGAGAGCGUAAAAAAGUUGGAAUGUAGAAAAAGAAAAAAAAAAGAAAGAUUAGAAAAAAGAAAA